GAGCAGCAGGACUUUGAUAGAGGAAGGCUGGGUCCCUGAUGGAGGUCCCUCUUGGAGCACGAAGAAGAAGGCAGAGGAGGCGAGGGAGAAGGAGGAGAGCAGGAGGAGGACCAUGCUGAGGAUGGGGGAGCCUCCAAGGGACCAGGCCCAGGAGCAGGAGGAGGAGGCCCUACCUCUUCCUUCCUUCUGGGCUCUGGCCUGGAGGAGGCUUAGGCGAUGCCUCCCCGUCGGGGCCUGGCAAGAAGCCCAGGAGAUGGUCAAGAUAGGCGCCCCAGUGUUUGUGGCGCAGCUUUUGGGGUUCCUGAUCAGCGUGGUCAGCUCUGUCUUCUGCGGGCAUCUGGGCAAAGCCGAGUUGGACGCGGUCACCCUCGCCGUGUCGGUUGUCAACGUCAUUGGCAUUUCAAUUGGCACCGGGUUGGCAUCGGUGUGCGACACUCUCAUGUCCCAGACGUACGGCAGCAAGAACGUGAAACGGGUUGGGACCAUUUUGCAACGGGGGAUCCUCAUUCUCCUGCUCUUCUGCUUCCCUUGCUGGGCCAUAUUCCUCAAUGCCGAACGGAUUUUGCUCCUCUGCGGACAAGACCCGGAGGUCUCCAGGUUAACCCAAGUUUACGUGAUGAUCUUUAUUCCCGCUCUCCCAGCAGCGUUCCUCUACCAGCUACAGACCCGAUAUUUGCAGAGCCAGGCGAUCCUUCUGCCGCAGGUGAUCACAGGCGUGGUGGCCAACGUCUUGAACGUGGUCAUGAACGCCGUCUUCCUUUACGCCUUCCAGCUUGGCGUGGUGGGCUCGGCAUGGGCCAACACGCUCUCCCAGAAUUUGCAAGCCCUCCUCCUCUUCCUUUACGUCUGGUGGAAGAAGAUACACAAGGAGACUUGGGGAGGCUGGACAUGGGACUGUUUGCAAGACUGGGGCUCUUUCAUGCGCCUGGCUCUCCCCAGCAUGCUGAUGAUGUGCAUUGAAUGGUGGACCUUUGAGAUUGGGAGCUUCCUGUCAGGUAUGAUCAGCGUGGUGGAACUGGGCGCACAGUCGAUCAUCUAUGAACUAGCCACCAUUGCGUAUUUGCUGCCACAAGGCAUGAGCGUCGCGUGCAGCGUCCGCGUUGGCAACGCUUUGGGAGCGGGCGACGCGGAGCAAGCCAAGAGGUCAUGCAUCACAGGGCUCCUCUGCACCGGCGUCUUCGCCGUGGUCUUUUCUGCCCUCUUGGCCGCCGUGCGCAACGUGGUGGCUUACAUUUUCACCAGCGACAGAGAGAUUGUCGCCUUGGUCUCCAAAGUCAUGAUGAUUUUUGCGCCUUUCCAUCUGUUUGACGCCAUCGCGGCCACCUGCGGAGGGGUGCUGAGAGGGGCCGGCAAGCAGAAGAUCGGCGCCAUUUCCAACGCCAUCGGCUACUACGCGGUCGGCUUGCCCAUCGGGAUCACGCUCAUGUUUGCGUACCGCCUCGGCGUGAUGGGCCUGUGGACCGGGUUGAUCGUGUGCAUCUCCUUGCAAGCUGGCUCUUUCUUGGUUGUCGUUCUGCGGACGGACUGGAAGAAAGCGGCGGAAGAGGCUCAGAUCCGAGCCGGGCUGCAAACCGGGCGAAGAAAAGAUGGUGCGGAUGAAGCGGCGGCUGAUAAACCAGUGCCUUUAGCCUACCUUGCGACGGAAACCGGCGUUUCCAACGGCGUCGCGUUCAUCAGUUUGGGUCAAGAAAGCAGCGCUCGUCCUGAGCAUCAGCUCCUGCCGCCCGAAGACCCUCCGGCUGUGGUCAUUUCUCCUCGGACGGACGCCUUGACCGGGAAGGAGCUCGUGGUGCGACGGGGGCUCGCCUUGGCGUUGGCGGUCUCCGUUUUAAUCUUCGGCAUCCUCCUCCGUCUCCUGUUGAACAAAGGAUAGGCGCACAAGGUGCCAAACUGAUAGAGAAAGAAAUUGGGUCCCAGGUAUUUCUUUAGCGGCGAUUCACCGGUGCCAAGUUCAUGGUUGCCUUCGCCUCAUCUGUAAGGAACCAGGCUGCUGCGCUUUGACGCCCGGCUGAAUCCCCUGUGAGUCGAAAGCCAGCUUUGUAUAAAGCACAGAUCUUGUUCCUUUGCUGUUUUUCAAAAUGGUGUCUGCGGGUUCCUCUCAAUUCCCCCCCCCCUUUGUUUUUUUGCUAUACCUUUUUGUAAUUCUAUAUUUUACUAUGAGGGUUGAAGGUUUUUACAAAUAAAAGGUUUUCCAACUGGUUUGACUGGUCGAUUGAAG